GGGGUGACUAACAUGCGCCCCACCUUGUUUCGAUCACGUGACGAGAGCUCACGAAGAUGGUGGAAGUUUCUUCUUCCUCUGAGUGAGACACCCCGAUAGAAACCCAAACAUCCAGUCGGACCAGGGCUGGGAGGACGUUCCAGUGUCGCCAAAAACAUCCUUCAAACCUCCAUUUGGUUCUCGGCCCUCUUCCCAGCCCUAUGUCAUGGCCAGUGGAGUCACCAAGUCAAGCACCUCCAACGGGUACCCACCAAAGGCACAGCUACAGAUCACUGUGCUAUCAGCAAAACUGAAAGAAAACAAGAAGAACUGGUUUGCUCCCAGUCCUUAUGUGGAAGUGACGGUCGACGGGCAAUCCAAGAAAACGGAGAAAUGCAACAGCACUCACAGUCCCAAAUGGAAACAGCCACUCACCGUGAUUGUGACUCCAUUCAGCAAACUCGUGUUUCGUGUGUGGAGCCACCAGACCUUGAAGACAGACGUGUUUUUAGGUAUGGCCACGCUGGACAUCAGCGAGACUCUCAAGUCCAACAACAUGAAAAUUUCUGAUGUGGUGCAGUCACUCCAGCUACACGCUGACAGAGAGCACUCAGACGUGGUGGGAGAUCUGUCUGUCUGUCUGGACGGAAUGACGGUGGACCCAGAAAUGUUUGCCUCAGCAGAAGCCGACCACUACAGUACAUCUAAUGGAGAAUCAUUACAGCACAAUGGAGAUCCUGCCGUAAGGUCAAGUCGAGACAGCUCUCCAGCUGUGGACACUGAUCACAGAUCUUCUCCCAGCACCCGGAGGACAGUGAGCAGCAAAGGGUCUCCAUCAGUGGGAGGACGGCCCGCCCGACCACCCAGACCCUCCAGGCCUCCUCCCCCAACGCCCCGCAGACCAACUUCUUCACCAGGUGGGACAUGAACCCACCCCAGACUG